CACUUCAAGCUCUCUCUCUCUCUCUCUCUCUCUCUCUCUCUCUCUCUCUCUCUCAUGAAAAUGGAGUACGUUGCUAUGACCCUUCUCUUGAGUACUUUCUUGCUGCAUCAAUCAGUAGCAAAUGGGGUAACAACAUACAAUGUGGUGAACCUAGGAGCAAAACCGGAUGGGAAAACAGACUCAACAAAAGCCUUUCUAAGUGCAUGGGCCUCGGCUUGCGCCUCGGAGAGUCCGGCCACCAUCUACGUGCCACCCGGAACGUACUUGAUCGGCAAAGCCUAUUUCCAAGGGGAUCAUUGUAGCAACACCGGAAAAGGGAUUACGUUUAGGAUUGAUGGUACACUUGUGGCUCCAUCUGAUUAUGGGGAUGUUGGAAAUGCAGGAAGUUGGAUUAAGUUCGAGAAGGUGAGUGAGGUUUCUAUCUACGGCGGAGUACUUGAUGGCCGAGGGUCUGCUUUGUGGGCUUGCAAAGCUUCUUCGUCCGAUAACUGCCCUAUCGGAGCUACGACCUUAGCCUUCUACAACUCGAACAACGUUGUAAUCAAUGGAGUAACUUCCGUAAACAGUCAAAAGUUCCACAUCGCGAUUGAUGGCUGCCAAAAUGUGAAGUUACAAGGUACUAAGGUUUCAGCCUCGGGGAAAAGCCCAAACACAGAUGGAAUUCACAUUCAAAUGUCUUCUGGAGUCACCGUCCUCAACUCCAGGAUCGCCACUGGUGAUGAUUGCAUCUCCAUAGGCCCCGGCAGCUCCAACUUGUGGAUCGAAAAUGUUGCGUGCGGCCCUGGCCAUGGGAUAAGCAUUGGCAGUCUAGGUUGGGAACUACAAGAACCAGGAGUGCAGAAUGUGACGGUUAAAACAGUUACUUUCACAAGUACAAGCAACGGCGUGAGGAUAAAGACUUGGGGCAGACCCAGUAAGGCGUUUGUUGAUGGAGUUGUUUUCCAGCAUCUUGUAAUGCUCAAUGUUCAGAAUCCCAUCCUAAUUGACCAAAAUUACUGUCCUCACAACAACAAUUGUCCCACUCAGAAUUCGGGUGUGAAGAUUAAGGAUGUGACGUAUCAAGACAUUCAUGGAACAUCAGCAACAAAAGUCGCAGUUAAAUUGAGUUGUAGUAAAAAGAAUCCGUGCAGCGGGAUAAAAUUGGACGACGUCAAUCUCAGCUACGCCGGCCAUUCACCGGCAGAAGCAUCAUGCGUCAACGCCGAAGGAACAAGUUCGGGCUUAAUUGUGCCUACUAGCUGCUUGUAGGAGUUGCGCAAUCAUAUGCCCAAGAUCUAUUUAAGAACAAAUUAAAUAUAGAAAGGUACAAGCAGAAGAAGCAUAUAUACUAAUUGAUUGAAUAAAGUCGCCUGUUAAUUUGAGCCCGUGGCAUUGUCCAGCUAUAUAUAAGAGCUUGAAGCCUGGCCUUGCAGAGCCCAUAGAUCAAACCUCAUUGUGGGAUUAUGAACAUAGGUAUUGUGGGAUUAUGAACAUAGGUAUAUAUAGAUGUUGUAAUAUUGGUCACAAGGAAAUAUAAGUUAUUAUGUCACUUGUUAUGUUCUUCA